AUGACAAUUCAGUUUGUCAACGGCACUUGUCCGGAGAUGUACAAGCCGUUGAUGUCAGGAGGCAUGAACGCCUUCUACAUGUACGUCUUUCCAAUACAAUUUUUUCUCGGAGUUAUCGGCAACGCGCUAAAUCUCUGCGUUCUGCUCAGCCGACAUAUGCAAAGUGAGGCGAAUUAUUUGUUAUCCGCUCUCGCUAUUGCUGAUAUAUUGCUAUUCCUAACAUUACUCCCAGAAGCUUUAGGAGUAUGGAGGAUAUUCUAUACAAACGAUCUCUUCAGGCGGUUUUAUUAUCGUUCUCAUACAAUGCGUCACUGGUUCUCCAAUGUAUUUUCAUGUAUGGCAUCAUGGUUGAUCUUAGCAGUUUCGGUUGAGAGGUAUAUGGGCAUUUCUUCGCCGAUGCAUACGCGGUGUGAAUGGCGCGAAUCUCGUGUGCGGUAUUUGGUUCUGUUCAUCCUAAUGGGCAGUUUGUUGUUGACGGCUUUUCAUCAUUUCGAAUACAAAUACGGUUAUACUACAAUGUGCAACGGUACUCUUACCUACGCUAAACUCGUCCACUUAGAAAAGGUUCGCCAUUUAUUUCCAUCUACACUAAAACCUCAUGAAACCUUCUUGAAAGUGUCACAAAUCGCUCUGGUUGUCGUUCUUCCGUUAGUAGGAGUGGUUGUGCUCAACCUGAAGAUAAUCGUCGUGCUGAGACGCAGUAGUGUGCUAGUGACCAGGUCAACAAGAAUCAAUAAACUGUGGAAAAUUAUUCUCAAACAGUUUCUAUUCAGUGACACGGAUUCACGUCAGAGACGCGACCGUAAAGUAACUAUUACCGUUCUCGCCAUCAUCACCUGCUUCUUCCUCACGCAUGUACUCAACCGCAUUCUUUCUGUUAUGAAUUUCGUGCUUUUCUGUAUGUCAUCAGCUUUCUUCAGAAGGAGACUCCUUAUCAUCAUCAAAGGCAGGGUAAGUAUCGCAAAAAAGUUUUAG